CAAACGUGGACAAUUGUGGAAAAGUGGGAAAAAAAUCGGACGAAACCAAGCUAAGCUCGUGAAAGUAUUUGUUACCUUGUAAAUCAGUGAAGGGAGGCCGACUUCCUAUGCUCCGUUACCGCUACAAACCUCGACACAGACGGUUGUCUUCUGCUCUGGGACCGUGUAGUGGUCCUCAUGGCCGAAUCAAGUCCCUGCAGAAAACUGUCACACAACUAUUCCGUACAGAGCGGAUAGAGGCGAAUUAUGGGCGAUGUGACGAGGCGAGGGGAUACGCUGAAAGGCUGAUUCAAGAGGCGAUCAAGCAUGGUGACAAGCAUCCAGGCACCAUGGAAAUGGCAGAUUACUGGCUGUUGGAGAAAGACUUGAUCCACAAGCUGUUUAAAGUGUUUGUGCCCCGCUAUCAGCAGUAUUCCUCCAGCUUUACACGGGUAUGGAACCUGCCCGUAGACUACCCAGGAGAUGGAAUACAGCGGGCUAUUCUCGAACUCAAAGGAAAUCCAUGGCCUAGUGUUAUCCCAGCACAGAGGGAGAAGAGUAGUUUUCUGUCCAAUGUUCUCCUUGCCGAGGCAAGGAAAGAGUUCAGGAAGUACCAGUAUGCAGACCAGGCUGGACGAAUGGUUGAGGGAAUCAAGGGAAGUAAUUCUGCUUCAGUUGUGGACACAGGAGAAGGCAACUCUGCACCCCUAACUCCACAUCCUGACAAAAUAUCACAGACUGCUGAUAGUUUAAUCACAGACACUAGUCAUCUGAGCAUGACUGAAGACACCAAAGAGGAAGGUGUGAAGUGAAACUAAUUAAUGACUAUUUGAGGUGAACAUUUUGUCUGUCAGCUGUCCUGUGUGCAUGUUUGAUAGUCUUUGAUGUAGCACUUUUUACUAUCUACAUGUAUGAUUAAUAAAAGACA